AUGGAUGAGCACGGCCAUUUGGACCAGGAGUCGCCGUCGGGAAAGUCGUGGGUGCCGUUGGAGUCGAAUCCAGAGUUGCUGACCGAGUUGAGCCAUGCGUUGGGGUUGAGUGAUGCUCUUGGGUGGCAUGACGUCUAUUCAAUUGAUGAUCCGGAUCUUCUGGCCUUUGUCCCACGUCCCUGCCAUGCGCUCCUCCUCGUCUUCCCCAUUUCCUCCGCCUACGAACAGAAACGCCAGAGACGAGAUGAACAGCUGAAGUAUAACACACCGCCUCCGGAGGGCGUUUUCUGGUUCAAACAAACCAUCGGAAACGCCUGUGGAACGAUGGGGCUCAUCCACGCUCUGUCGAACGGUGACGUUUACCCCUUCGUCACCCCCACCUCCCCUCUCCACAAAUUCGUGGAAUCAACCAAAAACCUGAGCAUCGCCGAGAAAGCAAAAGCCCUCGAAUCUAACACCGAGAUCGAGGAUUGUCACAGGAGUACAGCUACACAGGGCCAAACCGCAGCACCAGACGCUACGGACGAUACGGAUCUCCAUUUUGUGUGUUUCGCAAAGGGCACGAAUGGGUCGUUGUUGGAAUUGGAUGGAAGGAGGGCGGGGUAUGUCGAUCAUGGGAAGCUACCUGAGGGAGAGGAUUUGCUUGGGGAGAAGGCGUUGGAGUUGAUUAAGGAGUUUGUGACGGGGGAGGGGGAUAACUUUAACUUUUCGUUGACGGCGUUGGGGCCGUUGUGA